AGACCCCAGGCCAGCCUCCGGGCGCUGCAGUUCUCCCGGCUGAGGCUGAGGCUGAGGCUCCGGCUCUAAUACGAGCACAGUUACAGCCGCCGCGCUCGGCCCCAUCGUCCACCGUCUGCAUGUGCCCGCCUUAGCCGCCAGCCCAGCCCGCAACCCACGCUUGCCGGAGCGCUGGAGACCACCGUAGGGGCCCCUUCUGCCCUUGGAAUAAGUGGUCUUGGAGGUAUUGAUUUCGGUGCUUGGAUUUUCCCGUGGAUCUAUCAAUUCACAAUUCGAUUUUGGAAGAAAGAAGGAAAACAUGACGUCUCCAGCCAAAUUCAAAAAAGAUAAGGAGAUCAUAGCAGAGUACGAUACUCAGGUCAAAGAGAUCCGCGCUCAGCUCACCGAGCAGAUGAAAUGCCUGGACCAGCAGUGUGAGCUCCGGGUACAGCUACUGCAGGACCUCCAGGACUUCUUCCGAAAGAAGGCUGAGAUCGAGAUGGACUACUCUCGCAACCUGGAGAAGCUGGCUGAGCGCUUCCUGGCCAAGACACGCAGCACCAAGGACCAGCAGUUCAAGAAGGAUCAGAAUGUUCUCUCUCCAGUCAACUGCUGGAAUCUCCUCUUAAAUCAGGUGAAGCGGGAGAGCCGGGACCACACCACCCUGAGUGACAUCUACUUGAAUAAUAUCAUUCCUCGAUUUGUCCAAGUCAGCGAGGACUCAGGAAGACUCUUUAAAAAGAGUAAAGAAGUCGGCCAGCAGCUCCAGGAUGACUUGGUGAAGGUCCUGAACGAGCUCUACUCGGUCAUGAAGACGUAUCACAUGUACAAUGCCGACAGCAUUAGUGCUCAGAGCAAGCUAAAGGAAGCUGAGAAGCAAGAGGAAAAGCAAAUUGGCAAAUCGGUAAAGCAGGAGGACCGGCAGACUCCACGCUCCCCUGACUCCUCAUCUAACGUUCGCAUCGAGGAAAAGCAUGUCCGGAGGAGCUCAGUGAAGAAAAUUGAGAAGAUGAAGGAGAAGCGCCAAGCCAAGUACACGGAGAAUAAGCUGAAGGCCAUUAAAGCCCGGAAUGAGUACUUGCUGGCUUUGGAGGCAACCAACGCAUCUGUGUUCAAGUACUACAUCCACGAUCUCUCUGACCUUAUUGAUCAGUGUUGUGACCUAGGCUAUCACGCUAGCCUGAACCGAGCCCUGCGCACCUUCCUCUCCGCUGAGUUGAAUCUGGAGCAGUCAAAGCAUGAGGGCCUGGAUGCCAUCGAGAAUGCAGUAGAAAACCUGGAUGCCACCAGUGACAAGCAGCGCCUCAUGGAAAUGUACAACAAUGUCUUCUGCCCACCUAUGAAGUUCGAGUUCCAGCCACACAUGGGAGACAUGGCUUCCCAGCUCUGUGCCCAGCAGCCUGUCCAGAGUGAGCUGGUGCAGAGAUGCCAACAACUGCAGUCUCGCUUAUCCACCCUAAAGAUUGAGAAUGAAGAGGUGAAGAAGACAAUGGAAGCCACCCUACAGACCAUUCAGGACAUUGUGACUGUCGAGGAUUUUGACGUGUCUGACUGCUUCCAGUACAGCAACUCCAUGGAGUCUGUCAAGUCCACGGUGUCGGAAACCUUCAUGAGCAAGCCCAGCAUCGCCAAGAGGAGGGCCAAUCAACAGGAGACAGAGCAGUUCUACUUCACGAAAAUGAAGGAGUACCUAGAGGGCAGGAACCUCAUCACCAAGUUACAAGCCAAGCAUGACCUGCUCCAGAAAACCCUGGGAGAAAGUCAGCGGACAGAUUGCAGUCUGGCCAGGCGUAGCUCAACCGUGAGAAAACAGGAUUCCAGCCAGGCAAUUCCUCUGGUGGUAGAAAGCUGUAUCCGGUUCAUCAGCAGACACGGACUACAGCAUGAAGGAAUUUUCCGGGUGUCAGGAUCCCAGGUGGAAGUAAAUGACAUCAAAAACGCCUUUGAAAGAGGAGAGGACCCCCUGGCUGGAGACCAGAACGACCAUGACAUGGAUUCUAUAGCUGGCGUCCUGAAGCUUUACUUCCGGGGGCUGGAGCACCCCCUCUUUCCCAAGGACAUCUUCCACGACUUGAUCGCCUGCGUCACAAUGGACAACCUGCAGGAGAGAGCGCAGCACAUCCGUAAAGCCCUCCUGGUCCUGCCCAAAACCACUCUCAUCAUCAUGAGAUACCUCUUUGCCUUCCUCAAUCAUUUAUCACAGUUCAGUGAAGACAACAUGAUGGACCCCUACAACCUCGCCAUCUGCUUCGGGCCCUCGCUGAUGUCAGUGCCUGAGGGCCAUGACCAGGUGUCCUGCCAAGCCCAUGUGAAUGAGCUGAUCAAAACCAUCAUCAUCCAGCAUGAGAAUAUCUUCCAAAACGCCAGGGAGCUGGAGGGCCCUGUCUACAGCAGAGGAGGAAGCAUGGAGGAUUAUUGUGAUAGCCCUCACGGAGAGACUACCUCGGCUGAAGACUCAACCCAGGAUGUAACCACAGAGCCCCACAUGAGCGAUGAUGAGUGUGAGCCCAUUGAGGCCAUUGCCAAGUUUGACUACGUGGGCCGGACAGCCCGGGAGCUGUCCUUCAAGAAGGGGGCAUCCCUGCUGCUGUACCAGCGAGCUUCCGACGACUGGUGGGAAGGCCGGCACAAUGGCAUCGACGGACUCAUCCCCCAUCAGUACAUCGUGGUCCAAGACACCGAGGACGGUGUCGUGGAGAGGUCCAGCCCCAAGUCUGAGAUUGAGGUCAUUUCUGAGCCACCUGAAGAAAAGGUGACAGCCAGAGCGGGGGCCAGCUGUCCCAGUGGGGGUCAUGUAGCUGAUAUUUAUCUUGCAAACAUCAACAAGCAAAGGAAGCGUCCAGAGUCUGGGAGCAUCCGGAAAACAUUUCGAAGUGAGAGCCAUGGGUUGAGCAGUCCCCUAACUGACUCCUCAUCCCCGGGCGUGGGGGCUAGCUGCCGCCCCUCCUCCCAGCCGAUCAUGAGCCAGAGUCUCCCCAAGGAAGGGCCAGAUAAGUGUUCCAUCAGUGGGCAUGGUAGCCUCAACUCCAUCAGCCGACACUCAUCCCUGAAGAAUCGGCUGGACAGCCCCCAGAUCCGGAAGACGGUGACAGCAGGGAGGUCAAAAAGCUUCAAUAACCAUCGGCCCAUGGACCCAGAGGUCAUUGCACAGGAUAUUGAGGCUACUAUGAACUCUGCCCUGAAUGAGCUACGGGAGCUAGAACGGCAGAGCAGCGUCAAGCACACCCCUGAUGUGGUUCUGGACACCUUGGAGCCCCUCAAAACCUCCCCAGUGGUCGCCCCCACAUCGGAGCCCUCCAGCCCCCUGCACACCCAGCUCCUCAAGGACCCUGAGCCCGCCUUCCAGCGCAGCGCCAGCACCGCUGGGGACAUCGCCUGCGCCUUCCGGCCUGUCAAGUCUGUCAAGAUGGCUGCCCCGGUCAAACCGCCAGCCACCCGACCCAAGCCCGCUGUCUUCCCCAAAACAAAUGCCACUGGCCCUGCUGUCAACUCAUCAGCGUCCCCACAGCCCACAGACAAGUCUUGUACUGUCUGAGAGAUGUAAUUUAAUUGUUCUAGACAAGGGGACUGUAGGGACUUAAAGACUGUUAUUAAAAUCUUCCUAUUUAACUAGCUUGGGGACUUCAGUUGAAAAUUAGAUUCUAAGUUGUUCUUGCAGAAAUUAGCCUCCCUAUCACCCAAAACCUGGAGAAUGACGCCCUAUUGACGCCCUUCCCAUUCCUUCCCACUGCCCUCUGCUUCCCCUGUUCGUGGUAAUCCAGCCAGCUACAGUACAUACAUCCUUAGGUUAGCCAGAGGUAGAUGUUCUCACUAUAAGGUCACUGUGAAAUCUGGCAAGGCACGCCCAUGAAGAUGUGGGCUCAAGUCUCAGUUCCCUGGAGGCACUGGGGCUGCCUUGAUCACAUGGUUGGCUAUUGACAUUCAACUCUCAGUGGCAUCUUGUUUUGGGUACUGAUUAUAGAGAAUCAUAUAUAGUCCAUUCUUUGUUUUAUACACACACACAACAUGAACACACCGUGUAGGUUAUUCUAGUCUCUGGCAUGUGUACAGCCUCUCCUGGUCUCUUUGUAAGUUAUUGUGGCAGUUCACACGAGAGCCACCAGAGGUCGCUGUUUCCGUUACAACCCUUGUUCUGUCUGGGCCAGAGAACCUAGCCUUUGAAAUCUCUCCAUUAUGUGAAGUUUAGCAGGAUGGGACUCACUCCUAUCAUUGUUUGGGGCUUGGGACUUUCUCUCUGUCUUCUUUUUAUUGAUGUGAAUUGAUCACUAGUGUUUGCUUUUGCCUUUCUCCAUCCUCUAGAAGUGCAAACCAGUCUUAUUAAGGAGCUUCUAAAGUUUUUCUGAAUGUAUAGACAUUUUUUGAUGUUCUUUGUCUCUGAUGGACCGUUUUCCAUUUAGAACAUUUUCCUGUAUAAGACAGUUUUAUAGCUGGUUCCUUUUAUGAUAGAGUCUUAAGAGGGUUUUAUUAUUUAUGGCAGAUUUGAAAAAGGUAAGACAUGGGUCUUUUUCUUUUUUAGGCACUUAAAACAAAAUUUAAUAUCCUAUACAUAUAUAUUAAAAAAAAAAAAUCAAGUGUGCUAACACAAAAAUGAUCUCCAAUGAAAACUCAUUCGAAAUGUACCCCCUUAAUUUGGUUAUAUAUAUAUUGGUUAUUAUACAAGGUCUCUUUGGGGGGGCCAGUAUAGAUGGCUCUUAGCCGUCAUUUGAUUAGAAAGGGACACUAUCUUUCUCCAAACGAGAACAAGUAAGGGAGCUUUGAUGCCACAGCUCAUAAGUGUUCCUAAGGCCAGAAUCUGAAAUAGAAUAUUAUGUAUAUUUUGGCCUUUUUCUGAAUCCCCUCCCAAAGGCACAAAUGAUGUCCUUUUCUGCUUUAAUCCGGUUUCCAAACCUGGUGCCCACUAGUCUCCUCUAACAUCAUGCUGUGCCAGGGCUGGGGAGAUUUACAAGCCAGGUUCAGAGGUCUCAAGCAGCUACUCGGGUUCAACUGAACCUCAUGUCUCUGUGAAUUCUGGUUUCAGAGCGGUACCUCAUUGUUUCCUACACGUCAGGAGAGGUGGUGGGUUGCCAUUAGGCAGAGACCUCUGAAUUUUCUUUUCUUUGAGCUAGAAGCUCUGUUUGGGACCAGCAUUUUGAAGUUGGUAGUUGGAUCCAUGGAAAGUGGUAGAUUUUCCAUUCUGUGUGAAGGAAAAGAAGAGCUUUGUGGGGAAUUGCUAACUAGAAAGGUAUUCUGGAACACGAGGGGAACCAUCCCAAGAGCUCAAAGGAGAACUAAAGCCUUCGUAUCAUGAAAGAAGUCAGCCUAUUAGAGGCAACCCAAAGUCCUUUGAGUUCUUGGGGUUAGCGGUUUGUCCUAGUGGCCUUGUCACCUGGACUUACACAGGUCCUGAGCUACCAGGGGACAUGCUUACCCAAGGAUGUGUUUCCUUGGCCAAAAAUGAAACUUCUAUCCUUCACUUAACAUUCUUCUUAAUCCAACUAAUCAAAUUGGUAACCAUACUUGGCCUAUCCCCUCCAGCAUAGUCACCUGUUGAGAAAGUAAAGGCAAAACUUUCUUAAUGACAGUUUGGAACCUAGUCUGUUGUUUCCGGCCUUAUUUCUGUUUCUUUCUUACACAUGACUUGUGUUCAACAUCCCCUUGAUCUGUGUCUGUCUGUUGAUUUGCAUUAUGAACUGAACAGUGUGUGAGUGGUCACCUACGAAACCAAGUCUUAGCUCCCACCCCUGGGAGCCGAGUUGUCUUCCCCAUCUCCGGUGCUCUUGGCACCUGUGUGAUGGUCCUGUCGAGAGGACUAGGGACCCAGAGCAAGAGAGUCCUUCUCGGCCAAGUUCAUUGCAAUCAACUGGAAUUCAGGCUGCACACUGUGAUAUUACACCGCAAAGCCAAAUGGAGCUGGUCACCCAGGGCUUUAGGGAGACCAGUCUCGGUGAUGUCUGCCUAAACCAGCGUGAUGCAUCAAAACACCCUGCUCUGCCCCUUGUGGCAUGGAUCCUCAUCCUGGUGUGAACUCUGAAGGGUCAGUCUUUGGGAGAGAAAGAGGUGGGUGGGUCUACCAGCAUCCCAAUUUGGAAAACACAGGAGUUUGCAGCCAGCAGCAGCCUGUAAACUGGAAACACUGGUCUCAGCCAACCUCCUCAGGGCACCCUGGUUUCUCCCCAAGGAAAAGAGGAGAGAGAUGAUACCAGCAACAAGACAAACAGACCACUGGAAGGGCUGGUGUCGAUGUAAUUCAUGUUCAGAAGAGAAAUGAGGUCUUCCAGGGAAUUGCAAUGUUGUGGCGUCUGACUCCUAUGUCACAUUUGUGUAAAAUGGUAUAUUCUUUAAAAAUAGUGUUGAUAACUGGAAUAUUGUAUGUAUGCUUGGAGAUGCUUUGUAUGAACCUAAGACUGUCACUCAUCAGAUGUUGGAUUGGGGAAAAUCCAAAGCACAACUUCAAAAUAAAAUACAUUUUUAGGUUUCGAUGCUGCA